AUGGGAAGCUCUGCAAGCCAACAAAAUACUAAACAAGUCAAAAUAAAAUCAUAAAUAAGCAACUUUAGUAAGUAAAGAGAAGAGAGCCCAGAACAUUUACAGUAAAGAAAAUCAGUGAAUGGAACUCCAAAAAUUGGAUAUUAGAAUUCACCAAAUGCCAAAAGGAGCCCUCUUCUAAAAAGCUCAGAAAGAGUGCUAGAAAUAUUCUCUCCUAAUUUAAAUGACAAGCAUUGUGGAUAAUCAUCAGUUCAAGCAAGCGAAAUAAGCGAGCAAGAUCAAAGUUAAAUAAAUAAUGUUUUUAGACCUAGAAAAGUCUCUAGAUUUUAGGAAUAAAAGUUAAAUAAUGAUAUUCAUGUUAGCAAUUUAAAAGAUCAUAUUCCUCUGAGCUCUCGAAAUGAUAUUGUUUAAAUUUAAAAGGACGUUUAGACUUAAAGAUCUAUAUAGAUAAAUGACAGUAAACGAAACACAAUAAAGUUAAAUUUAGACUCUAAUAUUGAUGAUAAUAAUUAAAUUCAUAGUUUGAAAGACCAUGAUGGUGGUUUUUAAUUUCAUAAUGACAAUGAUUUUCAUUCCAAAUACAGUAAUAAUGACACACUGAGGCCACAUACUGACAGAGCCAUUAACUCUAAUAUUUUAUCUCAUAUUUAAUAGUUUGGACAAAAGCUGACUAAUAUGAGAAUUAAAAAUGAACAGAAUUUAUUUUCAAAUGAGUCAGAUAUUUUCUUUAGAAAAAAAGAUUACCAAAAAGAAGAUGAGAAAAAUUUAACUAAGAUUAGUAAUUCUUAGUAAGGAACAUAGAUUGUUAAUAACAUGCAUUCAUAAACUAUGACUGAUCUUAAUUAAAAGAAGCCAAAUAGUUUGCAGGAGAUUUCUAAGAGUUUAUAAAAAAGCUCAUAAUCAGUGAGUUAGCUUGAAAGUAAUUAAAACUAAUCAGGUCUUGAAUAAAUUAACGGAGAUUUAUUCAAGCAUGAAGUUAUUUAAAUUUCUAAAAGUAAAAAUAACAAAGAAUUCUUUAAGAAAGGAAACGUGUAUCUUUUGGUCUAGGACGAAAAUAGUAGUCUGUAAAAGAAGUUGAGUAAGAAUGACCAAGAAAAUAUAAUUUCUGACUUAAUUACAAAUAAUAUUAGUAUUACAGAUUUUUUAGUGAGCGAAAAAGAAGACAUUCAAGAAUAAAUUCUUAUCAAUCAAUAAAAGAAGAAGCUUUUGUUGCAAUAAUAGUAAAUGCAAGAGAGUAAAGUCAAAUAAAAAACAAAAAGAAAUUAUAGAAUUGAAUAUGAUAAUCAACAGCAGUCUUCAAGCUCACUAAGCGAUAUUCAAAACUAAGAGAUUUUGAAUAAAAGUUUAAUCACACAGCAGAUGAAUAAUCUAUCCUAAACCUAACUAUAGAAAAAUAUAAUAAUUUCAUAUAAUUAAGAAUGGGAAUAAAUGAGAAGCAGAGGAGCUUUUCAAUCAAGUGUAAAUUGA